UCUAUGUCACAAACACAAUUCUACCUCAAUUCCUCUUUAUUUAUCAACACACUGGGCCUCGAAAUCCAAAAAAAGAAAUAAAAAAUUUAUAUUUCACUUGAAUAAAACCUUGAAUUCUCUGCAUAUAAAAUAAAUAAAUAAAGAAAGUUCCCACAACCUCAUCAUUUCCUUACAGCUCACUCACCCAUUUGAAGUUGAACCCAAGAACCGCCUCUCUGUUACUUUUUCUUUUUCUUUCUCUAAAGCAAUGAUCUUCAACUUCUCCUGCUGCUUCAAGUUUGUAAUAUUCUACUCUCUUUUACUUUCCCAUCUUCUUCUUCUUCAAACUCUUUACUAAUCAAUGGCUAAGCUUGUCUAUCAAGCGUGGAAGGCUCGCAAUAUAUUCCUCUUUAAUGGCAGGCUUAUUUUUGGCCCAGAUGCUAAGUCUCUAGUUGUUACCGUAUUGCUUAUAGUGGUUCCGGUUGUUGUCUUCUGUACAAAUGUCACGAAGAACCUCCUCCAUGGAUUGUCAGCAUAUAAUGCAGGCUAUAUAAUUCUGACAGUAGUAAUUCUAUUCACAAUCUUGGUACUGGUGUUUCUUUUUCUUACUUCAGCACGAGACCCAGGCAUCGUUCCUCGGAAUUUGCACCCUCCAGAGGAAGACAUCUACGAAUCUUCAGCAGCUUCACUUGAAGGUGGGAGACAAACACCAACUCCACGGUUGCCCCGAACAAAAGAUGUCCUUGUCAACGGGAAGCUUGUGAAAGUGAAAUACUGUGAGACAUGCAUGUUAUACCGCCCACCCCGAUGUUCCCAUUGCUCUGUAUGUGAUAACUGUGUGGAGCGGUUUGAUCACCAUUGUCCUUGGGUUGGCCAGUGCAUUGGACUACGCAACUACCGUUACUUCUUUCUAUUUGUUUCUUCAUCCGCUCUGCUAUGCAUCUUUGUCUUUGCAAUGUCAGCUGUGAACAUAAAACUUCUUAUGGACGAUUACGGAACUGUCUGGAAGGCAAUGAAAGAGUCUCCUGUAUCUGUGAUACUAAUGGGAUAUUGUUUCUUUUUCCUGUGGUUCGUUGGCGGUCUCACCUGCUUCCAUCUCUAUCUUAUAAGCAGAAACCAGACCACGUAUGAAAAUUUUCGUUAUGGUGCACGCAAUGGGCCGAAUGUCUACGACAGGGGAUGUCUACUUAAUUUCAUUGAGGUAUUCUGCACCGGGAUGAAGCCUUCAAGAAACGAUUUUCGUGCGCAUGUACAAGCACUGGCGCCAAUGCCAUCCAUGCGUGUGGCCCGAGAAGUAAACAUAGAAGAUUCAGAUGGAUUCCGUCGAGUAAAAGUAGAAGAUAAUAUGGACAUGGAAAAUGACCUUUCAAAGAUAUCUGAGCGCCGGAAUGUUGAAGCAACUGACAGCAUUAGAUUCUGAUGGGGUCAUCAGGAACUGAAUUUUCUGUGUUAUGGAACUCGAGGGUGCAUUGGAAAGAAGAUAUCAUGACUGGUCACAGCAGAGGAGACGUGAGAUUUCUGCAAGAGCUGGUAUGAAAUUACCAAGAAUCACCGAGUUCUUUGCGAAAUAGUAGAGUUCAUUUGAUAGAAAAAGUUAUACUGCUUAAAAGGAAGAACUUGAUCAUCAUGUUGUUUAUAGUAAUUGAUAUCUUUAACAGAUGUAUACUAUGAGGAGCUUAAUUGAAGUUCCCAUUUAGAUAUAACCGAGGGAUUUGCUCCUUGGUGUCCCUGACGGUUCAUGUUAAAGAGUCAUUGAAUUCAUAUCUUUGGUUAUUGAAGUUGAUUCAUUUUAA